AUGUCGUCAUCACCUCUAUGGUCCACCCUCUAUAUCAUCUCCAACGUCGGAAUAGUCCUUUUCCUGAUGGAGAUUCUGGUCGAUUCGGUUGCGGACACAGAUGAUGAAGGGGAUGGAGUUGGUGACAUUGGAGUUAUCGAUGAUGAUGGUGGAGGUGGAUUCACUAGUGGAAGCUCGCAUGGUGAUGAUGGUGAUGUUAGCAGCGAUGACGAUAAUAGAGAUACCGUAGUGGUUACUGUGGCAGUGGUGGUGGCGAUGCCAAUAGUGGUGGCAGUGUUAGUUGUGGCAACGGUGGUUGCAAUGAUGUUGGUGGUGGUUAUGGUGGCAGUGACGAUUGAUGAAGGUGGUAUUGUUGCUAGUGGUGGUGGUGGUGACAAUGACGGUGGCAUUGAUGGUGGUGGUGGUGGUGCCACCAAGUGGUGGUAG